AUGUCCCUGGCAGCCUCGGCGGGCCGGGGCCCCGGGGCCGUGUGGUCCCCGACGCACGUGCAGGUGACGGUACUGCAGGCGCGGGGGUUGAGGGCCAAGGGUCCCGGGGGCACGAGCGACGCGUACGCGGUGAUCCAGGUGGGCAAGGAGAAGUACGCCACCUCGGUGUCGGAGCGCAGCCUGGGCGCGCCCGUGUGGCGCGAAGAGGCCACCUUCGAGCUGCCGCCGCUGCUGUCGGCUGAGGCCGCGCCCGCCGCCGCCGCCACCCUGCAGCUCACCGUGCUGCACCGCGCGCUGCUCGGCCUCGACAAGUUCCUGGGCCGCGCCGAGGUGGACCUGCGGGGGCUGCACCAGGACCAGGGCCGCCGGAGGACCCAGUGGUACACCUUGAAAUCCAAACCGGGAAAGAAGGAUAAAGAGCGAGGAGAAAUUGAGGUUGACAUCCAGUUCAUGAGAAACAACAUGACUGCGAGCAUGUUUGACCUUUCCAUGAAAGACAAGUCUCGGAACCCGUUUGGGAAACUGAAGGACAAGAUCAAGGGCAAGAAUAAGGAGAGCGCGUCUGAUACGGUGUCAGCCAUUGUCCCCCACGUGACGCCCUUGGCUGACAGUGAUGACGAGUCUCCUUCCAAAGACAAGAAGAAGAAGUCAAAGAUCAAGACCUUGUUUUCCAAGUCCAACCUGCAGAGAACGCCGCUUUCGCAGUCCAUGUCUGUCCUGCCGACCUCAAAGUCAGACAAAGUGAUGCUUCGUCCUGGAGACUUCGAGUCCCGGUGGGAGGACGAUGACGAGGACAAGUCCUCCUCUGCCUUGGAUGUCUUGUCUCACAAGAGGACAGCAAGCGCGGAUCCUAAGCAGCUGAACCAGGUCAGCUUCAGUCUCCCCAAGAAGGAAGGCCUCUCCUUCCUGGGCGGCCUCCGGUCUAAGAACGAUGUCCUCUCCCGCUCGAACGUCUGUAUCAAUGGGAACCACGUCUACGCGGAGCCGCCCGAGGCCAAGACCGAGACCAAGGACAGCUCCCCGUCCCCCUCCCCAUCCCCCCAAGACCUCAGGAAGAAGCGGUGGUUCUCAUCUAUGGAAAACCUGGCCUCUCGGCCUUGGAGAGAGCCUGGAGAAGUAGGCGCGGUGCCUUCCGAGUCUUCCACAAAGGACGCCCUCAAGUCUGUGUCCCUGCCAUCCUACCAGCCACAGGUCAGCAGGGACCUUGGGGAGAAUGCGGCCCCAGCAACCUUGGAGGCUGCAAAGGAAACCAAAGAGAGCAAGAAACAGGAGAACAAGAAGCCGACUCUGCUCUUCCUGGUGCCGGGAAGGAAGGACACGGCCAAGGGCAGCGAGGGCGAAAGCCCUCCUGCUGCCGCCUCUGGGAAGGAGAGGGAGGGAGUGCCCGCUGCGCUCAGGGCCGGGGAGCACCAGCCAGGGCCUGCCGAUGACCUUGUGAAGAGAUUGGACAAAGAGGCUGCGCCUGUUGCCUCCGGACUAGGCCAAGCGCCAAACCCCUUUGAAGACAAGCAGCUCCCAGAACCAGAAGCUGACCCAGAGCCCAAGGCUGCGCCUGUCCCACCUGUUUUCUCGCCCAGGGCUCCCCAGACCAGAGCUGUGAAACCCCGGCCAGAAGUGUCUCCAGAGGCUCGGCCCGCACCCAGGCCCCCUCCUUCCACUAACUCUCGCCUCUUUCUUUCCACUCUCGCUUCCGGCUCUGGGCAGAUACCUGUCUCUUCUAAACUGGAGCGUGACUCAGAGACACUGUCCUCUGAGUCCCCUUCGGGCUCCUCCUCUGUCUCCUCUCCCAUAGCGGCCCCCAUCUCCACAUCCACCCCAAUUAAGAACUGGCCCUCUGCAGACCCGGGCCAAGCUGGCUCCAAAGAACCGCCUUCGCUCCUAGAACUAGAGCUGGAAAAGGAGACUCGGACCCGAGUUCCAAAUAUUGAUCCCCACGCUGCGGGCUCACUUUCCAAGCAGACACCCGUUCCAGUGACUGGAGAGAGGGAAGACUAUUCACCAGGGAAGACCAGUACUAACGACCUGGCACAGUCUCUCCGUACACAGCCUGAAGAGGGACAAGAAGGAGGGCUUCUGGGGUCUCCCUGGCAAGAACAACAAGGUGAUAUCGCUUCAUCAGACGAGGCCCGAGAAGUAGUAUCUGCUCUUGAGCCCAGGAGAGGCAGGAGGGGCAGCCCCGCUGGAAAGCCCCCAAGCAGGGAGGACCCAGACUCUGCGAAGGACGCAGGUGGCGGUGGCAGGCUGAGUCCUGCAGUUAAAGAAACGGCCCCCCCUCUCCACACGGGGGAGUCGGCCCCCACACCCGACUCCGCGACGACGCAGGGACAUGAAGAGAUGGGUCCGGAUGCCCGUGACAGUGGAAAGGAUACCAAGAAGCAGGCGUUGUUUUCCAAGCAGCUCUCUGUGGAAGAGGCCGGGGAGGAGGCCCCCAGGCUGGUCCAUGGGGACAGAGGGCCCCCACAGGAGCCAACGGCACCAGGGGCAGCUCCCAGAAACGCGAUGGACACGGGAGACUCCCAGGAGGGGGCGGCCGCGACUGGACCCGCGGCCCUGGCGACUGGCGCUCCCCGCCCCUCCUCCAAGGGGAGCUUCUCAGGGGGUCCCCAGCGGGCGACCGGCUCAGGGAGGGCUGGUCCCCUCCUCAGGAGUCAGGGAGAUGACACCCGGAUGGCACGGAACCAGAGCAAAGCCAGUGACCACGAAGGUCUGCUGUCCGACCCCCUGCGGGGCCUCCAGGCCCCCUGCGAGGCCAAGCCCCCAGGCGUGGCCCAUCUGGACCUGACCCUGCCCUCCAUCCCCGAGGUCGAGUCGGAGGACGAGAGAGGCGAUCAGCCUGAAGACGGCGGAGGGGCGGCCCUGGUGGCAGGCCAGGGAGGAGGGGCUCCAUCCUCCAGCAGGGGGCCCGUCCAGCCUGAGGGGGAGAGGGCGCCCAGUGAGGAGGCUGGCGGGUCAGCAGCAGGAAGCCUGCGUGACCCCACGCCAGGAGCACCCAGAGCGCCCGCCCCGGCUUCUGCAGAACAGACCCCAGGCCCCGGCGGCGAUGGUGGGAAGGCAGGACCAGCCGGAGAUGGGAGCCCGCCUCGGCCUCCAGCCGCUGCCCUGGGGUCCCCUGUGUCCAGCUCCCCCACCCUUCCCCCGCUUCCUGCCACACGCUCCUUUCCCCGCUCUGCACACUCUGACACCCCCCACACCAAUACAGCAGAAUCUCAAAAAAAAGCAACAGCCGAGGGCUCCGCGGGUAACGUGGAAAAUCCCGGCAAGAGGAAGCCGCUUCUUCAGGCCCGGGUCUCCCCCUCAGAGACACAGCCGAGUGCUGGAAGCAGGCCGGCCAAGCACAGACUUCAUCCCGUGAAGCCGAUGAACACCACAGCCCCCAGGGUGUCUAACUCCACCUUGGGAACUGCCGCGAUCGUGAGUGAGAACUUGAUCAACGAAGCCGGGAUGAAGAAAUACAAGCCCUCGGACCCUGCAUUUGCCUACGUGCAGCUGACCCACGACGAGCUCAUUCAGCUGGUCCUCAAACAGAAGGAAACGAUCAGCAAGAAGGAAUGUCAGGUGCGCCAACUGGAAGACUACAUUGACAACCUGCUGGUCAGGGUCAUGGAGGAGACCCCGAACAUCCUCCGGGUUCCCUCUCAGGUCGGCAAAAAAGCAGGAAAGAUGUGAU